AUGUCUUUCACCACCUGUCUCCCGCAAGAAAUCCUCGAAGGAAUUAUAGACUUUCUGCACGAUGACCGCAGAAGCCUUCACGCAUGCAGCCUCGCAUCCCUCAAGCUCGUGACAGCAUCCCGACAUCAUUUGUAUUCAGAAACGACCAUUUCGUUCAGCAAAUUUCAGCGACUGUUGCUGUUACUAGACGCCCCUUGGAGCAGCCUCGCCAACACGAUCAUCAGACUCGUUAUAACGGGUGAAGAAAACCCCAAGAAAAGUGCACAAGAACGAUUGGCGCGAAAACGAGCUUUAAAAUUAGCUGGCGGCGGCGUGCGCAAGGAGCAUGUUUUCGAUAACCCUUCUCGCAUCCACGAGCGUCUGCAACGCGUGGGCUCCGUCCGCCUUUCCGGCAUCCCUUCAAAUGCUAUCCCAGACUCAUUUUGGGCUCUUUUGGCGGCGAUGAAAGGUGUCAAGGCCGUAGAGACGCAUCGGAUUGGCUUGCAAUGUCCACUGUCAUUCUUUCGAUUCGUUGCUUCGCUGCCGCUUUUAGCCAAGCUGUCAAUAUCACGGCCGACAAUCUCGACGGGCGCCACACGACUUGUGGCUUCACGGACACGGACACGGAUCUGCGAGGGCGGGGGCGUCGACUUUCUGUUACCGCAUACCGGGACCGGGCCCGCCAUUCAAAUGCCCUUGCUCGAUCUACGACGAACAUCUCAGCUCCCAACGCAGGAUCAAAGUUUGCAUGCCAGUACGGUCGCAGGCAUCUCAGUGCUGGAGUGGAUGCUGAUCCAAAAUCCGAGGCCAUCAGUGAAGACGCUCAGGCUAAAUCUCGACUAUGAGCAGGAGAUGCUCAGUCUGCUCUCAACGUAUCUCCAGAGCGCGGGGUCUCAAGUAGAGAACUUGUGUGUCGUCUUGCCGAGUUGUAUAACGGGUCUUCAUAAUAUGCCGUUGAUUGAGCUAAGCCAGAUUACCCGGAUCCAACACCUGCACGUUGAGGGGCUUUUCACGAGUCACGAUACCAGCACACACAUUCUCGAGCCAUAUUUCCGCGGACUUUUCGCUCAGCUCCUUUGUCCAUCGUCCUUGACGAACCCCGUGCAACGCGAUGCGGAGGUGGCUGCACCGUCUCCGCUUAUCUCCCAGCUCACAUUUACUCUUACCGUGGACGCGAAGAACGAAGCUUCAUUCUUCGGAAUGCCAGAUCACACCAUGCUGCAGACGUUUACGUGGUUUUCUUUGCCUGAGAUCAUUGAGGAGGUGUUGGCGCCGUUUCCGGAUGUGCUGCGCACGUUGCAGGUGCAGUUGAGAGUGCGGAUGGCGGGCGCGGUGUCGGACAGGGACCGGCUGUACAGCGAAGAUGUGAUCAGGGGAGGCGUCUGGAAGAAGUUUGCUGAACAGGGCCGGACUUUGCGUGUCGGGAUCUUGCCUAUGUUGGAUCGUGAGGGGGAUUACGAUGACUCUCCUUGA